AUGCCUAAUGUUUUGGAAACUAUAAACAAAGAAUGUCAUGAUUGUGGACAACAUGGUCCUCACUGGUGCUCGAUCAAUCAUGGUGUUUUUCUAUGUGAUGAAUGUUGUAGUAUACAUUUAAGUCUUGGUCGACAUAUAUCACAAAUAAAAUCUUUUAAACAAAGUUAUUGGCCACCGACACAAUUGAAUUUGAUUAAUGAAUUGAGCUUACAUGGUGCUAAUCUUAUUUGGGAAUAUAGUCUUCGUGAUCCACAAAAUCGAUUACCAAGAAAAAAACCGACAGCUAGAGAUGCACUUCCAAUUAAAGCUGAAUUCAUUCGAGCUAAAUAUCAACAAUUAGCUUAUAUUAAUCGUUUAAAAGAUGAAAACAAUGGAACUUAUGAAGAUAUAAAUUUACAACUACAUUCAAUUGUUCGAACAGAUAAUAUUGUAACAUGUCUUCGGUUUUUAUCUCAAGGUGCUGAUCCAAAUUUUCGAAAUUCAGAAACGGGUACAUCAGCUAUUCAUGUAGCUGCAAGUCGUGGUCAACAGAAUCAAAUUGAACUUCUUUGUAUUUAUGGUGGUGAUCCUGCCAUAGUAGAUGCUUCAGGUAUAUCACCAGAAGAACAUGCUAGGACAAAUGGUUAUUUGGAUUUAGCUGAUAGAUUAAUCGAGCUUCAAUAUGAAUUAACCGAUCGUCUUAUUUGUUUUAUUGGUGGAAAACGACCUGAUCAUAAAACUAAUCAACAUAUUCUUGUACCUGAUAUGAGUGAAAUUUUUGAUAAAACUAAUCAACCUUUAAUAGCUCGUCAAAAACUACAACAAUUAACUGAUCCACUUUUUGAAGAUUUAGCAAUGGAUGUAUACGAUGAAAUUGAACGACGAGAUUUAAAAACAAUAUGGCAUUUACAAGUUGAUAAAGCAUUGAUCCCUUUACAUGUUGUACCAUUUUUAUCUGUAAAUCCAUCAUUUUCAGCAACAAGAAAUCAAGGUCGACAAAAACUAGCUCGAUAUGAACUUAAAGAAUUCUAUACAUUUAUUCACGAUAUUUUAAAUGAAUUUCAUAGACGAUAUUCUCAUGUUAUUCAACAAUCAUCUACAACAAAAAUUCAUGCAGUAUCACAACCAAAUUAUGAUUUAACUACUGCUUUUAUCAAUUCGGAUGAAGAACCAUUUUAUGAUAAAGUAGCAUCUGAUGAAGAUCCUAGUAGUUUUGAACAACAAAAACGAAUUCAAAAAUCAAAAAAAGAGGAUUUAACACCAACACCAACAAAUAUAAAUUCAAUGGAUAAUUCAAAUUAUGAAAUCAUACAAAAUUUUAGUUCCGAUGAUUUAAAAACUCGUAUAACAAAUACAGAAACCCAAGUUAAAUAUUUAGCAUCUGCUCAUAUUGAUUUAAAACAUGAAUUAUCUGUAUUACAUCAAAUGAUUCAACGAUUACUUGAUGAAAAUGUUUUAAAUAAAUUUGAUCAACAAGUAUUCAAUAAUACAUCGACUUUUACAAAUAACAAUGAAACAAAUAAAAUGCUUUAUCGACUAUCUCAAUCAUUAUUUGAUAAUAUCAGUCGUAAAUCAAGUCCAUUCAUUGAAAGUGAUUAUGAUAAUACAACAUUAAUCGAUGAUUGUGAACAUUCGCAACCAAACAUAGUUCAAUCAACAGUCAAUGGUUUUGAUAAACGAUUUAGUCGUAGUCUACAACGAUUUCCUCAAAUAGAUGAAUAUAUAUCAGAUAUUACUCCUAGUCAAAAUAUGAUAUCAGAUCAAAGAGUAAAACAAGAAAUUCCCGUAAAUAUUUAUCGAUCUCGUUCAUGUUCUGAACGACGACAAAAACCAAUACCAUCACCAACAUUAAUUCGACAAGGUUCAUAUAAUCAAAUAGAUAUCAAUACUGAUAUUACUAAACUUACACAAAAUAUUACAUCUCGUAUAGCAGAAUUAUUUACAUUAAUUAAACUAAAUCAAACUCAUCAAUAUGCAACAUAUGCUGAACGAAUAAAUAUUUUAGUUCAAGAUAUGAUCCAUUUAUCUCAACGAUUAGUAUUUAACGAAGAUAUUCGUGCAAAUCUCGAUAUGCUCUAUACAAGUACACAACAACUUUUAGUUCAUACAAAAUUUGAAGAACAAAAUUUAAUACUACCCAUACACUUUAUUAUCGAUGAUUGCUAUGGUAUAGCACUUGCAACAAGAAAUCUUUUAAGUCUUUAUCGCACAGUAUAA